CUAAUCACCACCCUCUUUGACGGAAAAGGCGCAUUGUUUUACGCGCAAUCAUGGCUGCAUCUCGGUUCAAGUCGGAGAUGUUCACAGCCGAUAAAUUUGUUGAGAGCGCAGGCACCGUUCUCUUCCGACUUUCGACCCGCGAGAUCUGCAUCCUUCACCUCAUACAGCGUGACGAGUACGUCCUCCCCAAAGGGCGCCGCAAUCUUGGCGAGUCUCGUCAGGCCACUGCGAUCCGCGAAACUACUGAAGAGACUGGUGUUCCUUGUUACCUGUUGCCUGUCGACCUUGUUUCACGGGUCUGUCCGGCGAUCGAGACGGAGGACGUGCCGGAUGAGCCCCGGCUUUUCAAAGGCGCCUGCGAGCCGAUAGCAUUGCAGCAAAGACGAAUUGGAGACGGAGAGGUAAAACUGAUUUGGUGGUUUGUGGCUGCUGUCAAUGAGAGAGAGCCUCUCGGUCGACAUGAGGAGCACAACUUCGAGGUCGAGUUUUACAGUUACGAUGAGGUCUUGCGGAAGUUGACAUUUGAGGAUGACCGUGAAUUAGUCAAUCGGGCAAUUCAUCUGGUUAAUGCUACCCACCAUUGUGAUUGAAAUCCGCUGAGAUUAGAAAAAGAAGCAUGUCCGGGAGACAACUUGUCGUGCCAGAUCUUCUCUAUGAGAACUUCCAAUGUCAUAUAGACUGAUGCCUCAUUUUGCAUGACCAGAGGAAAUAUACAUAAUGCGAC